UAUGUUGUACGCAUAACAAAGAUCUUUUUAUAUCUUUUGCGCUAAAUUUGAAAAUAAGUGCACAGUGAUCGCGGGUAGUUAUUUCCGGUCUACAACUUGCAUCCAGGAAUGAUCGUGGACUUUAGAUGUUAAUUUGGUUCGCAUGGUAAGCAUACUAUAAGGAAUGAGUACAACUCAAGAUACAUUCGAUUAUGAUUCCUUUAGAGUCUUGAAUUUAACCCUUAAUUAUAUAUUUUUUUAAAACGUAAUUUAUAAAUGAAUCGAUCGUUAUAUUUCUGGAAAGAUCAAGAUCAGUCCGAAGAGUUAUGUUAAAACGCAAAUCAAACAUUAGUUCACAUGUUAGCUGCAGUGAGUGUUCUUUGGGAUUUGAAGCACGUGGGAAGUUUUGAGCACAGACAAGGGCAAGUCUAGCUCCCAAAACUUUCCGCGUGCUUCACACAUCUUAUCUCCAUGAAUAUACGGCUGACGUUUGGAACACUUGAUUUAUCACAUUAUAUUUGGGAAAGCCAGCGCUUUAAAUUUAAAAUAAAUCGUCUUUUGACCCAAAAAAGCUCCAAUGAAAUUUAAAAAGUUUGAAAUGUUAUUCCCAAACUAAACAAAUGAUAAUUUUACUCAACCUCUACUCAGAAGUAAAAAUUUGUGGGAAAAAAACCGCACAAGGUCACCGUCAGCUUCACCCCAAAUCAGAGACUUGGCAACUAAGCACACAACUGUAAAAUGACCUAAUGUUGUUUACUUGACUUCAUGGUCAGAAAAUUGCCUAGUAUUAUGUUGAAAAUUCUGAAAGUCAUCAGAUUCAAAACAAAAUCUUCUGUUGCACAAUACUUCAAGGCAUAUCUACAUUUAAAAAGAAUAUUUACUUGGCUAAAGAAUGGUCUGAAAUUGGUGAAGCUCCACUUUUGUCAUCAAAUUCAGUUUUCAUUUUUCAUCCAUAAUUUGGAUAGUGUUUGGGAAUCGAAGCAUUGUCCAAAAUUCUCACCGUUUCUUUUAAGUCUCAAAAGAUCAUCACUUUCCAAAUCGAGUAUCCUUCAAUAGAUUUACCUUUCAUUUAGAGCUCCUAAGAGUCUGUCUCAAAAAUCGCAGCCAAACUGGUCACAAAGUUCACAGUCAAUCACUAAGGAAAAUUUUUGGUCCUGGGCCGUUUGCUGAUUUCAUUAGCAUUCACAACAGGAUUUUGAAGCAUGCUCAUGCUAGUUAAUCAGGGUGCCUGAAUUUGCUAGCUAUUUCAUAGUGACUAUUAUUUCAGAUCUGAGACAAACAUUUACAUCAAAAUCUUUAAGUAGACUUAUCUCAUGGAAACAAAAUUUGGAAUGAAGAAACAAUUUACUAUAAUGAAAUUUUUUACCUGAUUGUGCCAAUUUUUGCCUGUUAACCAUGUAAGUGUAAGUUUACAUAAAAAGUGUUUUUUUUCUGGCUAUUAUGCAAUGCACUGUGGUGAAAAUGUUCAGCAGUGUGUGGCUAAAUUCCUUUGCAACAGAGGUAGAUUCCUCUCAACUUGGAUACCACAGCACCCCCUAAAAUUCCUUACAUAGAGAUGCUACCAUUGUUUCAGCUGUAGUCUCCACAAGUAAAAGUAAAUCUUCUGCUUUUUUCAAAGUAUUACAUUUCUAUUGCAAAUGAACCCAAAAGGUGAUUGAGUCUGCCAGGCCACUUACAAGAAUUUAUCUUGGAAACAGUUUCUUGCAAUAGCUUUUAGGGAAAACCCUUGUAGCAAACUGCAAGUGGAUGGUUCACCCAUUUGGGAGCCCUUUUUCAAAAGAAGUUUAUGAAAGGGAAGAUUUCAUUGGUUAUGUUACUAGAGGCUGAUGAUUGUUAACCUGGUCAUCAACUCCCAGAAAUGAUUAAUGGGUAACUUCUCUCCUUAAUAUCCAUACAACAUCUAGCAAAUAUGUAAUGAGAAUACUCAAACUUAUCUGGUUAAAGCUACCUUGAUCUCAUACCAAAUUCUUAUAACCAAUUUACAGUGAAAUCUCUGGUAGCUAGAGAAGGGAAUUGACAGGUCUUGGGAGUUAAAGAGUUAACUGAAGGGGAAAAUGAAAACGAAGCAAGAUGUAAUGUGUAUUGUCCUCUUCAUUAUGGUAGCUUCUAACCAGUUACUCCCAGAAGUGACCAAAAAGGAAAUUCUCCUCACAAUCUUGAUAGUGGAGCUUGCAGAGCAUAGCCCCAUAAUUAUACAGAAUAGUAGUAUCCCAUCAAGCCGAAAAAAUUUAGAUGUACGACUUGUGCUCUUGAGAUCUGUGGGAAAAAUAAAAUGCAAGCUCUGCUUUUAGGCUUGGCUAAAUCUAUAUAUUACAUUUUCAAGCAAUUAGGUGAUGGGAGGAAGAAAAAAUACCAACCAAGGGGAUACCAUUUAAUUUAACUGAUUCUUUGAUUCUUACCACUAAAAAUAUAAGAAAAGUACAGCAGACAGUGAUGAGAACUGAUAUGUAGUUUAUAGGAAUGAAAGGUUUAAAAACAUGAGAAAAGUGUGAAUCAUACCCCUUUAUUGAUUCCAUUUCUGUGGUCUAGAGGAUUUUUGAUGCAUACUUUUUAUUCAAAGUUCACCAAGUGACUUGCUCAACUGUUAUCUUAUAAGCCGAAUUUUCAUUUUAUAUCUGCGAACAUCAAUCUUUUUAUUUAUUUUGAUAAAUGUACAACUAUAUAAAUUUUCAAGUCUUUGAGAAACUGGAGCACAUUAAUUGCAAUAAAUUUUCAUGUUGCUUUUAGGAAAAGAAAUGAGGCAAAGAAAAUCUGGGAACAGACAUGGGAAUAAUACAGAGUCAAAUCCUUCAACUAAAAGAGAGGGAUCUAAGAAUGAGACAAAUGGUAGCUGGUGGGGUUUGCUAAAGUAUUCCUUACUGCUGUUAGUUCCUGGUUUUCUCAAUCAUGCAGCACUUUAUCGUGAGGAUGUAGCACUUAGACCACAAGGGGAAUUGUACGACAUUGGCUGGAAGCAAAAAUUGUUUAUGGCUUGUUUAGGGCAUGGUCCACCCACAGUUAUUCUGGAUGCACCAACAGGCAAAUCUUCAGAUGUGUGGGCUUUGGUUGCUCCUCAAAUCGCUAAGGUGGCUAAAGUUUGUUUUUAUGACAGAGCAGGGCUUGGCUUUAGUCAAAGACCUUUGGUGAAUUGGUCUGAUCCAGAACAGGCCAAACGAGGCAAGCUUUCAACAAGUGAGAGAAUGGCGGAAGAUUUUCAAAGACUCUUCACUGAGAGUUCUGAUCAGCCAAAACCCUUUAUACUAGUUGGAGCUGAGUUGGGGGCAGUAAAUGCAAGAUUUUAUACUCAGAUGUUUGAGAACAAUGUUGCAAGCCUAAUAUUGAUAAAUCCACUAGUGGAGGGAAUGUUUGGGGAUGAUUGGACAAGGUUGUGGUUUGAACAAUAUGUGUUGUCUCAACAAGUUUUACAGUUUUCUGCAGCGACAGGAAUCACAAGAUUAGCUCUCAUCCUUGGUUUGAUGAAGGUUCCGUUGCAACAUAAACUAUUGCCAGCAAAUGUUACAAUGCGUCAAAAGUAUCUUUUAUGUAAACCAGGUCAUCUAAGUUCAGGAGUUGAUGAGUUUUUCUUUGCAAAUGAAAGCUUAGCUCAGAUGAGAAUGUUGAGGAAAAUUAAACCAUUUCCACAGUCAGUGGAUGUGUCUAUCAUCAGCAGUGCUGUGUAUGAUGACAAAUUGGAAGGGAACUUACAAAAGGUAUGGUCUAGAGCACAGGAUCAGAUAUCAAAUGUCUUACAUCCAGGAAGUGAAAAGAUUCCUCUUUCAGGAAACGUUCAAUCAGCACUUUUACAACAUUCUGAAGUUAUCGUGAAAGUUAUUACAAAACAUGUUAGUAAAUGGAGGCAAAAACAACACAAACCAAAGAGCUCCUGAUAUACUACCUCAAAUUACUUCAAGACUGUUUUAGAAUAAGUUUAUGUUCUAAGCACACGGAAUAAAAAGUUAAGAAGCUUGUAGUAUGCAAGGUCUGUUUUUUCUGAAAUGGUCACAUCAACCAAAAUAAAGCAGAACAAGGUUA